UUUUAAAACAUAUAUGUCCUUAUUAUUCGAAACACAACACAACUUCAAUCUAUUAUUUUUUUAAUAAUUAACUCUUUUAUAUUACAACUAUUGAAGAUAUUACGAUCCAUUUUCUUCUCCCCUCUACACACGCAAAAUUCUCACGCGCUCUCUCCGUUCCUGUCAUCGUCUGUUUCAACUGUCAUAGUCACUGCACUAACGCCAUCAACCCUUGGACGUUUUCCUUGUUUGCUUUUAAACGGUAAAUAAGAUUUAUUUGCUCGCUGCAUGGGAGGCAUUAAUUCACGGAAUAUGGAUAUCGAGCACGAUCCAGGGCUCGCUGCUGUCUUACAAUAUUUGAUACGCAGCGGUCAACUGAAUAUCAUAUCUUCGGAUCAUGAUGACUCGGACGAAGAAUAUGCUGCAAAUUCACAACCUCCAAGAAUUACGUCUGUGCCAAAUACAUCCAGACUAGAUAAAAGUGAAAUAAGUCUUGCCACAAAACAAGCAUGCGGAUUUAUAGAUAACAUUGAUAAACGUAAUUUGUCUGUGACAUCAAUGAUUCAAAAAAGAGCUCUAGGCCCUAGUUUUAGUACAGGAGAAAGGUGCAGAAUAAGUAGCAAUUUUUUACCAAAUAAAAUGCAUCAAGUUGCUAAAUAUAGUACCAAAGCAUUUUGUGGUUCUUAUUCUAAAGAUGGAAGAUUUUUCUUAACUGCCAGUCAAGAUAAAUUUUUACGUCUUUACCGAACACAUGAUGGAGAUUUUGUACAAUUCAAAACUAUUCCUGCACGAGAUGUGGGUUGGAGUAUUUUAGACACAGCAUUUAGUCCUGAUGGAAAUUAUAUUGUUUAUUCUAGUUGGUCAGAAUGUUUAUAUCUAUGUCCCGUUUAUGGAGAUUCAAGUGCACAAGAAUCAUUGUCAUUAUGUCCAGAAGAUCGAAGAUUUUGUGUAUUUUCUCUCGUAUUCUCCAGUGACGGCCGAGAAAUUUUAGGUGGAGCAAAUGAUGGUUAUCUUUAUGUUUACGAUCGAGAAUGUCAUCAACGGGCUUUUAGAAUCGAAGGUCAUGAUAAUGAUGUAAAUACAGUUGCUUUUGCAGACAAUACUUCUCAAAUCUUGUACAGUGCUGGAGAUGAUGGUCUUUGUAAAGUUUGGGACAGAAGGACUUUGAAUGAAACCGAUCCACAUCCUGUUGGAGUAUUAGCUGGUCAUAUGGAUGGUAUAACGUAUAUUGAUCCGCGUGGUGAUGGUCGUUAUUUGAUAACUAAUAGUAAAGAUCAGACGAUUAAAUUAUGGGAUGUUCGUGCGUUUUCUGAUCAUAAUGGUGAACAAAAUACGCGUAAAGCUGUUGCGAAUCAAAAUUGGGAUUACCGAUGGCAACGAGUACCAAAGCGAUUGCACAAAGCAAGAAAUAUGUUGGAAGGUGAUACUAGCAUUAUGACCUAUCGUGGUCAUUCCGUUCUUCAAACUUUAAUACGUUGUCAUUUUUCACCUUCGUCUAUUACCGGCCAAAGGUAUAUCUAUACUGGAUGUGCCGCAGGACGAGUAAUAAUAUAUGAUGUCUUAACAGGUAGGAUAGUUAGUAGUUUAGUAGGACACAAAGGAUGUGUACGUGAUGUUAGUUGGCAUCCAUUCCAUCAGGAAAUCGUUUCUACGUCUUGGGAUGGUGCCAUUGUUAGUUGGCGAUAUGCUGGGAAGACUGCACUUGAUAAUUCUGAUUCGGAAGAAGAAACUGAUGCAGAAUCACCUCCGCGUACUUUAAGACGAAGUCAACGAAUAGCUGCUCAAAGAGCUAAGCACGCAGCAGCGUGUUGAGUCUCGUAGAUUUUAACCGGGAAACUGAAUGUUCUCGGGAAUUCAGUCUUUUCGUUCCUACGAGGAAAAAGUUAACAAUGCCUAGUGUUUGCGGCAGAAAAGUUUUACAUCGGUGACUGUUAAUCAUCGAAAUUCAGGAGACUAACUUUUUCUACAAGACUGAGUUUUUAUUGAAUACGCACCUCUACAGAAUCAAUGCUGCCAUUCUGGUCGGUAUAAUAUAAUGCGUUAUCAAAACUAUAUGCAUAUUGAUAACGAAAUAGACGAGGUACAACAGCACCGACUAUACAAUUCAUUCUCGUGGAACCGAAUUUGUUUUUACUCAAUAUUUAACUAUCUUUUUCAUAUUAAAUCUGAGUGGAGGAAAACGCGUUAUUAUUUCGUACUAUAAAAUGCAUAACACAUUAAACAAAAUAUAUGUAUAUUAUAUAAAUAUAUGGUAUACAUACAUAUAUGUAUAUAUGUGUGUAUAUUAUUAUUAUGUGAAUUAGAAAAGUUUUUUUGACACGAAACGAAGAUCUUUCUCCGUCACUUUAUUUCUUUUAUUCUUCUAUCUUUUACUCUUUAUUUUCCUUCCCAAUAUCUAUCUAUCACAUUCUUUUAUUUUAAUUUUAAAAGAGAAAUGUCUUCGAUUCAUAUCGUAUCAUAGCACUAAAUUAUCUAUAAAUUUUUGUUUCAAUCUCUGUUUUUUGGAAAUAAUUUUACAAAAAUAUAUACUCAAUCCAAUAUUUUCUGUUAAAAAAGAAUUAUUUUUCCUCCGUGUAAUUUUUUAUAUGAAUAAAAAUAUGUAUAAUUUUACAAAUAAUAAGAGGAUAUGGGAACUAUAAACGAGAAUGAAGUAGAUUAAUAAAAGAAAAAGAUGGAACGAAUCUGUGGUUUUUACAAGAUAAGUUUGUUUUUCCAAACUGACCAAGUGCGAAAAGGACGUCAUGUGUACAUUUUUCGAUGUACGUAUUUUAUUAGGUAUGUUUAAAUGUUGCAUACAAACUCCCAAAAAUGUACAGAUAUACAUAAAUAUAUAGAAACAUUACAUAUACAAUCAAACACAAACACAUACACAUACAUACACACACGUACAGGGUGUUGACAGUAAACAAAUUUACACUUACGCGCGUGUAUAUAUUUAUAUAUACAUACAUAAUGUUAUAUUAAACAUGUAUACUAAUAAAUUACUAGAAAAUAA